AGUAAACAAGAUGGCGGCACGCUCGGUGGUAAUAAGCGCAGUCAUUGCGGUGAUCGCAGUUCUCUAUGGAGGUAGAACAUACAUUCAAGGACCUCGCUGCCAGAGCAAUAGACACAUCAAAGGCAAAACUGUGGUUAUAACAGGCGGAAAUACCGGUAUCGGCAAAGAAACGGCGGUGGACCUGGCAACACGUGGUGCGAAAGUAAUCAUCGGUUGCCGCAACUUAGAGAAAGGCCAGGCGGCAGUGCAAGAGAUCCAAACGCGAAGUGGAAACGAAAAAGUCUUCGUCGAGAAACUGGACCUUUCAUCUUUAGCUUCUGUGAGACAGUUUGCUCAUGGAAUUCUGAAAAACGAGCCGCGCUUAGACAUUCUGAUAAACAACGCUGGAGUGAUGGGAUGCCCUUACCAAAUGACUGAAGAUGGCUUGGAAAUGCAGUUUGGAGUGAACCACAUAGGGCAUUUUCUCUUAACUUUGCUUCUCCUUGAUUUAAUGAAAAAAUCGGGUCCGAGCCGAAUCAUAAAUGUGUCUUCUUUGGCUCAUAGGUUCGGUACUGGUGUUAUAAACUUUGAUGAUAUCAAUGCAGAGAAGGAUUACGAUCCCUUUGCAGCGUAUCAACAAAGUAAGCUCGCUAACAUACUCUUCACAAGGGAGCUAAGUGUGCAUCUCGAGGACACAAACGUGACUGUGAAUGCACUCCACCCAGGGUUGGUAAACACAGACAUCCAACGUCACUCUUUUAUUUCCGGUUUAGUAUUUUUUCCACUCCGCUGGUAUUUUUUCAAGACUGCAGAACAGGGAGCCCAGACUACUAUUCACUGUGCGGUGUCAGAGGAAAUGGAAGGAGUUAGUGGUAAAUACUUGGCAGACUGUGCCUUUAGAGACCCCUCCACAGGUGCACAGGAUGAUGAAGCUGCAAGAAAAUUAUGGGAUAUUAGCAUGGAGCUUGUUGGUUUAGAGGACCACGAGAUCUAAUAGUCCUCUAAGUUUGUAUGUUUUGUUUACCCAUUUCAGGUCAUGUGAUAAUAAUCUAAAGUACUGUUUCUUUCAAAUUUCCUCUCAUUUACUUGCAGAUGUAUGCAUAAUUUACAAAAGAUAAAGCUGGGAAUUCCCUUCAGACCUGAAAUGGGUAAACAAACCAUAGAAGCUAAAGAGGUCUAUUCAGUGAAAUGGCUAGUGUGCUAUUGUGUGUCAAUCUAUAUGUAUUUUUUUUAUGGAUAUGUGAGACUAGGUACAAUUAACCCCACAGGAGCAGUGCUCUUUGUCAGCGUCACUAAACAUUACUAAGUCAAGAUAUUUCUGAAAUCUGACUGGUUGGCCAAACGAACAUGAUAGAAAGUAAAGAAAUAGGAAACAAGUUUCUGCUCAAGCUUAUAGAAAAAAAAGAGCUUUCAACUCAAUGCACAUUAUAUAAUAACCUGCAUCACACACAUUUUGAAUGAUUCUUACAAUAUUUUGGAGGACAGCAGACACACUGGUGAUGUCAGCAUUAAUAAAUUAUUGCUUCUUCAUUAUAUAAAACAAGUAGAUUCCAUGCUACCGUGGGUCUGUUAAGAAAAAUACGGCACAGAUGAUGUCAAAUGUGGUCAUUUUGACAUCAGUGACACACUUGGCUGGGCCUCAUGUUCCUCUUUCUUUUUUCUUACCACAUUUUGACAUUAUCUGUGGUCUAUUACUGAACAGGCUCACAGUAACUUGGAAUCUAUUUAUUAAAUGCAUGGACCUGACCUAAAGGAUAUUACCAUUGAUAUGAGAUUUAUCAAUUUUGGAUCAU